AUGCGGGCAGAGGGGAUGAGAUACUGCCACGUGAACGUGCCGGAUGAGUUGCUGCGGGACCUACUUCCAGGACCUGUGACCCUGGUCUUAAAACGUUCAGAAGAACUAAAUAAAGACUUGAACCCUUUCACAUCGCUGGUUGGUGUUCGUAUUCCAAACCACCCUUUUAUUAGGGAGUUGGCACGAGCUUGCUCUGGACCACUGGCUUUAACAAGUGCUAACAUCAGCUGUCAGGCGAGCACGCUGACGGUUUCGGAAUUCCAAGACCUGUGGCCUCAGUUGUCCUUAAUCAUCGAUGGAGGCCCAAUAGGGGAUGUCCAGAGCCCAGAGUGUCGUUUGGGGUCAACUGUGGUUGACUUAUCUGUGUCGGGGAAAUUCACCGUCAUUCGUCCUGGCUGUGCACUGACAUCUACAGUUGAAAUCCUGAGGCAGAAGUAUGGCUUGAUACCAGAAUCGUCUUGAGACUUCAGACUCUGAGGAGGCUCUGCAGGGCUGGUAAAGCUGGGCACCGUGUGCCUGCGCAUUCAGGAAAUGGGCGUUCAUGGCCUUGUUUAAUAAGGUCGAUGGGUUAUGUCAAGGUUAAUAAACAAAAGAUAAAAAAACCCCAAAACACAGAGCAACAGUUGAUGGGUAUCUGUUAAUUCGUAUCACAUCUGCUAUAGUCUGAGAAACCAACCCAAAUAUGUAUGCUGACCUCUUUGUGCUGCUGUACUAUUUCCAAAUACCUGUCUGUUUUAUUAACGUGAUUUGGGCUUUGAAAUACAAUAAUUUGAACGUUUGACUAUUCUCAGGAUGGGAUGAUGAAGAUAGUGUCUGAUCAACCCUCCCCUUAACACUUACUCCAUGUGUUUGUUUAUUGUACCUGCACUGAAAGAAAAGCAAAGAUGGAAAAGAGGUUUUUUGAGCUUUCGUGACGUUAUAGCUAUGGUGUCCUCUGGCUGUUUUUCUCUGUUCUAAAUGUAAUCAAAACCUACUACUGAGAUGAAACUGUAAGUGCUUUUGAAAACUAACCGUAUUCAGAUGGUCCCUAUCUAGACGAGAGCUGCUCAGAAAGACCUGACUUCCUCCUAAUACAAAGAAUGAAAAGCUCUUAGUGUGCUGAUCUUCAUUUUUUAAAUGUGGACUUCCCUCUCUUGAUUUUCUUCUGAAAACAGUGCUAAGCUGAAGUAAAUAGGGAACGAAUGAAAGUUUCCUCUGGUAUUUAUUCUUCAUUGAAAAGUAAAGUUUGUGGAGCUGCUAUUAAUUUAAAAACUGGUAAGCAACUUGCAUGAUUUUGUUAUAAAUGCUUAUUUUUAGACAUGUUGUCCAUCACUUUUGACGGACUUAGGUGCUUAGCAAGAACGUGUAUGGAGUCGUCAUGAA